AAAAACACAUGCUACCCAUGGGCCCCGCUUUAUCGCAAUUCUCGCACGCGCUUUUCGAUGCAGAUCCGAAGCGACAACGAAGGCAGGAUGGGGACAAAGACUGAAACGCAGUGAAACCAGUGAAAACGGAUCCAGGGAAAUCGGGCCCGGCGUAUCGGCAACGCUGCUCUUCGAAACAGUCGCAUUCAACUGCUUAAUAUGUCAUGUUGGUCUUACAGCACUUGGAAACGUUCAGUCUACAAACACAUAAACAGCUGAUCGAAGUGGCUAUAAGUUGACCAUGCAAUUUUCCUGAAAAGCUUCGGACUGGAACUGCCGGGUUUGUCAGGCUGAUCGAGCUGGUGUUUCGCGAAAGACAGUGAGUGGACGUAAAGUUUUAAGUCAUUGGAAAUCAGAUGUGUAGGAUAAAUUUCGUAACUGAGGGAUAGAACAUGGCGGAAGAUUCGAAAUGCAUAAAAAUAAAUUUACCCUCGGACGUGGACGAUUCGCAUCAAACUGUAGCGUAUACAAGAACAUCAGUUUGCUCACCACCUCUCAAAGAAACCGAAUCUCUCAAUAACGCUUCAGUUUUAAGCGGCUCCCAAUCCAACGUUUAUAAUGGGGCAUUGGCAACGAUCGGAAACGCGGCCGCUCUUAGAAAAGUGCCCAACAGCAGCCCGAGCAAUCACAAGCGCCCGACGAUAUCUCUCACCCACCUGCCCAAGAGGCCUCCGGUCGACAUCACCUUCACCGAUCUGUCCUACUCCGUGUCGGAGGGACGGAAAAGGGGAUACAAGACGAUAUUGAAGUGCAUCAGCGGGAAAUGCAAGUCCGGCGAACUCACCGGCAUCAUGGGCCCUUCCGGCGCCGGCAAAAGCACUCUAAUGAAUAUUCUCGCCGGAUACAAGACGUCUAAUCUUAGCGGGCAGGUGAUGAUAAACGGCAAAGAGCGGAACUUGCGGCGCUUCCGAAAGAUGUCCUGCUACAUAAUGCAGGACGAUUGUCUCUCUCCGCAUCUGACGGUCAAAGAAGCCAUGCUGGUAUCGGCGAAUCUCAAGCUAGGCAAAGCCGUCACGUUGUCGGAGAAGAAGGUCGUCAUCAACGAAAUCAUCGAAAACUUGGGCCUGCAAAGUUGCAUCGACAUCAACUCGGCGAACCUGUCGGGCGGCCAGAGAAAAAGACUGUCCAUAGGCUUGGAGAUGGUGAACAAUCCGCCCGUGAUGUUCUUCGACGAGCCCACCAGCGGCCUGGACAGCUCCUCGUGCUUCCAAUGCCUGUGCCUGCUCAAGUCGCUCGCCAGAGGCGGCAGAACGAUCAUCUGCACCAUACACCAACCGUCCGCCAGAUUGUUCGAAAUGUUCGAUCACCUCUACAUGCUGGCCGAGGGCCAGUGCAUCUACCGGGGCGCCGUCUUCGGCUUGGUGCCGUUUCUAUCGAGCAUGGGCUUGAACUGCCCCAGCUACCACAACCCCGCCGAUUACGUCAUGGAGGUGGCCUGCGGCGAGCACGGCGACUACGUGCAGAAACUGGUGGUGGCGGUGAACGCGGGCAGAUGCAGCAUGUUCGUGACGUCGGACCACCGGAACAGCAAGUUCGUUUCGAACGACAUCGUCAAGGAAAACGGCAGCUGCAGGAACACCAGCAGCGACGUCGUGGCCGUGCCGAAUGGAUCCGUCAAGCAAAACGGCACUCUCGCUGCUCCUGUUACUUGCACCACUUCGUUGCUCGAUUCAUCCGAAAAUCUAUCGCCUUCAGAGAAAAACGGAUUUUCGACGACCGGUUUUCAACAGUUCGCGAUUUUGCUCAAAAGAAGUAUGUACAUGAUACUGAUGGACAAGACUCUUACGAGAAUGAGGCUGGUGUCUCAUUUUGUAAUAGGCUGUCUUAUCGGCCUGAUUUACUACGAUAUAGGUCAAGAUGCUGCCAAAGUGACCAGUAACGCGGGAUGCUUAUUUUUCUGCGUUAUGUUUAUGAUGUACACGGCUAUGAUGCCGACGAUUUUAACGUUUCCACUAGAAAUGUCGGUAAUCGUCAGAGAGCAUCUAAACUAUUGGUACUCACUGAAAGCUUAUUACAUGGCGAAAACUCUAGCAGACAUACCGUUUCAAAUCGUGAUGACUUUAUGCUACAUUAUUGGAGUUUAUUUCAUCACAUCUCAGCCCUUAGACGUUACCAGAUUCGGUAUGAUUUUGCUGGUUGCCGUUCUCGUGGCGUUGGUGUCGCAAAGUUUUGGAUUGCUAAUCGGUGCUGCAUUUAAUAUAGAGGGAGGAGUAUUCCUAGGACCAAUUUCUACCAUUCCGAUGGUACUAUUUUCGGGAUUUUUCUCCAAUUUGAACGACAUUCCUUUCUACUUGAAGUGGCUGCCGUACUUGAGUUACUUGAAGUACGGUUUCGAAGCUUUCAUGAUAGCCAUAUACGGUUUGGACAGGCCAAAGUUGAAUUGCACGAUAGAUUACUGCCAUUUCAAGUACCCCAAGACGUUCUUAGAGCAAAUGUCUAUGGAAGGAGACAUGAAGAGCUAUUUCAUCGAUGUCGGCGUGCUCUCGGGACUGUUUGUCUUUCUUAGAGUAGUGGCCUAUUUCAUGCUUCGAAUUAAAUUGAUGCAGAAUCGGUAAAAUUUUCGUAUUUUUUGCGGGGUGAAUUGGCCUCGUUUGCGAAAGAACGGGUAAAUCUAAUGAGCGGUAUUUCGGAUUUUUUGAGCUACAGACAAAAUCAAAAAGUUGAGUUGACUGGACUUUUAGUAGAAAUUAAAACAGUAUUCCGUACAGAUAUAAUAUAGCGAUUUGCACCAAGUACAAUGUACAUUUUCCCACGCAUUUAUAGGAUACAUUUUAUAUACCUCUAUUUUAUUUAAAAGUACCAUUUCAGAAACACAUCACUGGAAAUAAUCGAACAUUACAUCGAACAUAGUCUCCAAAAGCUAGUACAACCUAUUAUCAUUUUUGCGUUGCUAGUUCGUACGACUCCAUUUUAUAUUCUAAUGUAUUUAUUAUUUUGAAUUGUCUUCGGAUAUUCUCGUUGGUUAGAAUCUCCUUUGAAAUAUUCAUUUUCGCCCGCUAUUUCAUCAAUAUAGUUAAAGAACUGGUAGGUAAAAGUAAUAGUCAAUUAAUCUUUAUAGAUAUUAACUACCUUUACAAUUUUUUAAAAUAGUUUUCAAUUAAUAUUGGCUUUAUAGUGGGUACGUAUUUAAAUAGAAAUUCGACAAUCACAUUUGAAUCACAGAACAUUCUCUCACAAUAGAAAAUAGCUAAUUGAUUUGUAAUUUUUACUCGUUCAAUAUUAAUUUUAAUUUCUGUAAUUCGGUGAAUUAUGCUAGAUUUCUUGGGUUAAUGUUGUAUUAGGGCAAAUAAGGUAGUACUGGUAAAGGUGUUAUCUCAAAUUUACCCCCCGAACGUAAUUUAAUACAUUUGUAAAUGUUAAUUGGACAGAAGAUCCGUGUUAGUGAUAAUUUCAGUAAUUGUAAUUCGACCCGGUAAUUUCAAAAUUGUAUUUUUGUAAUCGGUAUUGUGUGAAAAUAUUAAAUUUUUAUUAGGAUAACUGCGUAAUUAUAUAUGUAUCGAGUAACUCAAAUUGAGGUGUUUUUUAUCUUAUGAGUGGCGUAUUUUGUAUCCAGUGUUUGAAUGUUAAAUCCAAAUAUUUGUUUAUAUACAGGGCGAUUCUAAAAUAUUCUUACAAUUUAUCUACUAUUCUAAAUUUACGUAGCAGGGAAUUUAACUAUCGAGGAAAUAUUUACUGGUUAUAAUCUUAGUCAUUUAUUAAUUAACAUAGCUUCUUUAUGAAUUUAGAUUACUGCGCAAUUUUUAAAAUUAUCAAAAUAUAGUAGGUGUCUGUGGACUUGUUGAAAGAGCUCUUAACGUGUGUAAAGAAUUAUAAAUUAUUGUAUUUUUAUCUAAGUUUAUACCUAUUUAUAAAAUACCUGUAUGUACAUUCCGAAUUCAGCAGUUUAUUUAUUUAUUUUUUUCGAAUUAUUUUAACGAAAUCCAAAGAUCCUUUCAGACAAAAAUACAAUAAUUUUUAGUCGAUUUGACCAGCUACAUCAUGUUGAAUAAAAAAAAUUCUUAUGGCAGAACUACUAAUAGUCAUUUAUUCAAUUGUGAUAGAAAAUUGGUAACCAUUGUAUUUUAUUAUUCUGUGAUCCGAUUUUUGUGAUGUUAAUUUGAUGUUAUUUAUAAUUGAAACAGUAACCAUUGAAAAGUUACACCUCGUUUAGAGAACAAAUGUGUAUGUAUACCGCGGUAUACCAGGAACUAUACCAAAUUUCGUUUUACAAUAAUUAUAAAGAUAUUUUUAUCAACAUAUAUAGAUAGUGUUAAUUUUUUCAGUUAGUAUAUUCAUUUUAUUCAUAUAUGAACUAUUAAAUACUCAAUUUUCUAAUUUGCGGUACUGUGGAUUGCGGUUAUAAAACUGAAUUAUAUUUCAGUGCAAAUUAUUCAUGUACAUAUUCUAUACAUUAAUAAUACAUUUUUUUACUAUAAACACUGCUUAUUAUUCUUAUCCCUGUGUCGGUUCUUA